AUGAUCCACGAUGUCAACGGCGCUGUAUCCCGUGAAGCCCUUUUCUGUCUUGAGUGGGCUCUCUCAUCAUCAGACCUCGCCUCAUCGUUUGCUCACAAAUCAACAAUACUAAUCGAAACGUUCCCAAUGAGUUCGACUGCUUCCAGCAAGUGUAGCGGAGGCAACAAAACCACCGACAAUGACCGUGCAUCCACUGGCACGGACACAAGCAAUGCAUGGUCCGAUGUGGUGUUGGUGGUCGGUGGAGUAGAGUUUCAUGAGUCAAGUCACUUUCUCAGGGCCAGCAGUGACUACUUUGAAGCAGCCUUUCGAAGUGGAAUGAAGGAGGCCCAGACCAAGAGGUUUGAGUUUCCUGACAAAGAUCCAGAGGGCUGGAGAUUGAUCAAAAGCUUAAUUCAACCCUUUUCUACGGCCACUAUUACUGCAGAAAGUGCUGAAAAGCUCCUUCCCUGGUUUGACGAGCUUUGCAUGCCCAAAGGGCUCAUGCUGUGCGAUGAGACGCUCGGUAGUUUGGCAACCCAGAAUUUCAACCAAACAAACACAGUCGGAGACAAGGAAGUCCAGGGGGCACUUGAGGGUUUGACAGUCAGUGCUCGAUACAGACUCCCAAUGACAAAGGUGACACGUUGUGACUUUAUCUAUGCUGCAUUCCAGACAAAUUUGUUUCAAUUUGCCUCCAAGGAAAACCUUCGCGUUCUGUUCGAAGUCAUGCUGUCUGAUGAAACCUGUCGGGACAAGUUUUUUAGUCUGUUCCAAAGCUACCUUCCUGCUGCUGAGAGUGCUGAUCAACUCAAGAUGCUGUCCAACAAUCUUCUUCCAGCAUUGGUGGCAACAGAGAUUCAUAAGGAAUCGUUGGUUUCGACCAUUCAGAAAUGCAGAGCGAGCAAAAACGUGGGUGCUCUUCGGGCGGAUCUGCAGCAAAUUGGCAUUCUCACGAGCUCCAACGAGGCCCGCGUUGGAUUCGAUCGUUCAGUUCAGCAUGCAACGAAGAGAAUCAGACUGGGAUCGAUAUCUCACCAUUCUUCUGACUCGGUGGAGGCUGCAUCAGUAGAGGCUUCUCCAGUAGCACAGGACGAGUACGAACCCGUCGGUAAUCGGUACCUACGGGCAUUGUGUCGUUGA